AUGGUGCUGCUGUCGGGGGACGGGGAGCAGCUGGCCGGGGAGAGGGUCUGCCCCGCGCCGGCGGCGGAGAAGGAGCUGCCGGGCGCUGAGGCGGAGAGCGGCCCCGAGGAGGGGGCGGCGGGGACGGCCGCCGAGGGGCCGGAGGAGGAGGAGGAGGAGGAGGAGGAGGACUGCGAGGAGUACGAGGACUUCUCCGAGCUGCCCGACACCUGCAGCAUCGCCUCGGACGACUCCUUCUACCCGCCGAGGGGGCUGGAGGACGAGGAGGAGGAGGAGGAGGACCGCUGGUCCCUGGAGCGGGGGGAGCCCGACAGCCCCGAGGCGCUCAGCCUCUUCCGAGCCUGCUGCACCAACAACGCCGUCGUGCUCAGGGCGCUCAUCCGCCAAGGCCCCGAGGAGGACGAGGUGCGGGAGACCGACCGCAACCGCCGGAAUGGUCUUAUUGUUGCCUGUUACCAAGGUUACGUGGAUAUUGUAAUAGCCUUAGCACAAUGCCCUCACCUUGAUGUGAACUGGCAGGACAACGAAGGGAACACUGCUCUCAUUACAGCUGCACAGGCGGCACUGAUGAAAUCUGCGAUGCAGGGCCGAACUGAAUGUGUGAAAGCCUUGAUGCUGGCAGGGGCAAAUGUUCACGCGACUGACCCAAGCCGUGGACUGACUUCAUGGGAAUGGGCUUGUUACACAGGAAGAUCAGAGUCUGCCUUCAUCAUGCAAAAGCUGAUGGACAGGCCAUGCCCGGAACAGUUUUGUGAUCAAUAUAAACCAGAAUGGCCAAAGAUGAAGGAACUUCUUGCCAAGGCCGCAGAGCCAAAAAGCUGUUUGCAGAGGAUUUCUGAGUGCAUGAGGGCAGCUUUCCCAUUCCGGUCUUUCUACGGCCCAGAAGAAGACGGGGUCCUCGACCACAUGGUGAAGGUGACAACAAGCUUGGGCAGUCCUUUCAUUGCUCUGUCGUGCCGGACUGUGUGCCCAGGGAGCCCACCUUCUGUGGGGAAACGCAGACUGGCUGUGCAAGAAAUCCUUAGGAAGCAGAGAGCCGAGGAGAUCCGAUCUCAGGACAAAGAUCACUUUAGCAGCUAUGAGAAGCUAUUUCAGAACUCCAAGGUCACACUGAUCCCCAAGAAGAAGGACCGGCGAGCCAGCUUGCAGCCCAUCAGCCUUGCAGUCUCUCAAGUGAACACCAUAGCUACUAGGAAAGCCAGCCUCUUGCCGCUCCACCUACUUAGACGGAGCAGCGUCAGGCCGGGAUUUGUCAUCCCCAAAGUCCGUAUCAGCAAAGCUCCUCCACCCACCUUCCAGCCAGAAAAGGCGAGAAGGAGGAGCAGUGCGAAGGAUGACCCUUAUUUGCAGAUUCCCAAAUGGAGAUACAAGGAGCUGAAAGAGGAGCGGAAGAAGGCGGAGGAACAGGAGAAGAAAAAAGCAGCAGAGGCUCAAAAGCAGAGGCAGGUGUCUCCUGCCAGAUGCAGGACCUGAUUUAAGGGCAAUUGCUUGGAAGGUUUUAGAGCCUUUAGUCUUGUUAUCUGAGCAAGAUAACAGACUGAAUGCCUUCGUGCAUGCCCACUGCUCACAGAGCUGGAAUACUGAGUAAUGGCCUUUAAGGUGCAGAAACAGGGCAAGGGCUAUGCCACAGUG